UGUACAUCCAUGUACAGCUAAAUUCAAUUACAGUAUCUAUGAACUUUGUGGAAUUUGCAAUAAUGUUUGAAUUGCUGAAGAUUGCAGAUAUACGAAAAGUCCGUGGUCAGAAUGUGACCCGAAGACAAAUUUAAGGUCGAGAACUCUUACUUUGAAAAAAGGAAACCAGACAAGCUGCGAACCAACCAAAACGUUGCAGAAGAAAUGUAAAAAAGCUUGCCGAUACGACAAAGGCACAUGGAGCGAGUGCAACGCGCAGAGCCAGAUGACGAGAAACGAUAAAUUAAAAGCGAACAGCGACUCAAACUGCGAACAGACAAGGCAGAUGACCAAAAAGUGCAAACCUAAAGGCACCAAGCCCACGAAAGUACAUAAAAUAGAUACAAAAAUAAAACGAAAAAAGCAUGGGUCUCAAAAUACCCCAUUACCAGUCAAGAUACCAUUUCGAAAUCGAAAAAAUAUGCCUUCGGGUUGUUGUGCUGAGGAAAAUUAUUAUACUGCCCUUACAGUCUAUCUAAUCUCUAAUCAAGGAAAGAAGAAAAUACACUUUUGUAUUUAUCGCAAUGAAAUAUUUAAUUGA